GUGCCGCAGAAGGCGCAGAAUAGUGUGCGUAUUCACGGAAAUUUUGUAAGUUCUUCGAUGACGAGAAAAUCAUAAUAUAAGUAGUGUAUUGAUAUUUUGUUGGAAAUACAGUCACGUGGAAAAUGCCUGCGCAAGAAGUGGCGUUGCCACAACCACCGGCCACGGAAAACGAGGAAAACAACGUUCCCUCCUCACAGCCGAUCGUGGGCAUCAUUUACCCACCUCCUGAGGUUAGGAAUAUCGUUGACAAGACCGCUAGCUUUGUAGCUAGAAAUGGGCCAGAAUUCGAGUCUAGAAUUAGACAGAAUGAAUUGGGCAAUCCCAAGUUUAAUUUCUUGAAUUUCGGUGAUCCUUAUCAUGCUUACUAUCAGCACAAAGUAAAAGAGUUCAAAGAAGGGAAAGGACAAGAACCUACAAUAGGUUUGGCUCCAGGAAAAACUGUUAAUCUUACUGCACAUCAAAAGCAGCAAGAAAUCUUGAAACAAGUUGAGCAACCAUUUGUACCUAAGGAUCCACCAACUGAGUUUGAAUUCAUUGCAGAUCCUCCUUCUAUAUCUGCUCUAGAUCUAGACAUUGUAAAACUAACUGCCCAAUUCGUCGCACGUAAUGGAAGGCAGUUCUUAACUAAUCUAAUGAAUCGCGAGCAAAGAAAUUUCCAGUUUGAUUUUUUGCGCCCUCAGCAUUCCUUGUUUCAAUACUUUACCAAACUUUUGGAGCAGUAUACCAAGGUGUUGAUUCCACCAAAAGAUUUAUUACCGCGUCUGAAAGAUGAAGCUUUCAAUAUGGAUAAGAUUUUAGAGCAGGUAAAAUAUCGUGCCGAGUAUUUAAAAUAUCAGGAGGCACAGCGGCGCAAGGAGGAAGAAGAGUUGGAAAGAGAGAGAGUUGCUUAUGCGCAAAUUGAUUGGCAUGACUUUGUUGUGGUUGAGACGGUAGACUAUCAACAAUUUGAAGUCGGUAAUUUCCCAGCACCGACGACUCCGGACGAAGUUGGCGCACGUGUUCUCAUGCAGGAACGUAUAGAGGAAGGUGAGGAUGUAGAGAUGCAAAUUGAUAGUGAUGCAGAAGAGGAGACGCAAACUCGUGUGGAAGGCGAGAAAAGCGAUCGCGCGAAAGAUAAUAAUCAAGUGCAAGAUAUGGAGGAAGAUUCUAGUGAUGAGGAUGAUGUUUCUCCACCAGGUGACACUCAUAAAUCUAAAGAAGCUAAACCGCGAGAAAUGAACAUGCAGCCACCUCCGUUGCCACCUACACCAGGAAAUGUGGUAGUCAAGAAAGGAUAUGAUCCGAAACAGCAUGCUACUAAAACUACUCGUCCUGCGGCUCCGGAUGAAUAUCUAAUUUCACCAAUUACUGGUGAACGCAUUCCUGCUAGUAAAGUGCAAGAGCAUGUGCGUAUUGGAUUGUUGGAUCCUCGUUGGGUUGAGCAGAGAGAUAAGCAUUUGGAUAAAUUAGCGCAGGAGACUGUAUUCGCACCGGGUACAGCGAUCGAAGCAAGUCUCAAGCAACUCGCCGAAAGGCGUACCGAUAUAUUCGGUGUAGGCGAUGAAGAAACAGCGAUUGGUAAGAAGAUUGGUGAAGAGGAUAAGAAAAAGGAUGACAAAGUUACAUGGGACGGUCAUACAUCGAGCGUGGAAGCGGCGACGAGAGCGGCGCGCGCUAACAUUACAUUGGAAGAACAGAUUCAUCAGAUACACAAGGUCAAGGGACUUCUACCUGACGAGGAGAAGGAGAAGAUUGGUCCAAAACCGGUGAAUCGCGCGACUGAGCUUUCUCACAUGGCUGCUGCCGCUUCAAAGCCGCAAGCCACGCUGAAAGCACCUCCGAAACCUCCUGCACCGAAACCUUUACCGGUACCCGCCCAACCUCCUCCACCGCCGACUAUGAGUAUGCCCACUAUGGGCAUACCUCAGCCGAUGAUGCCGCAGGCACCGAUGAUGAUGAUGGCACCUAUGCCACCUAUGGCGCCCAGACCACCACCUUUGAUGACUCCAGCGAUGUCACCGUUCAUGCCAACACCACCACCAAUACAGCCGCCGAUGACAUCCGCUAUGGGAUUAAAACAUCCUGCUAAUAAACCAUUGGAAGAAGAACCGCAAACUAAGAAAUUGAGAACCGAGGAUUCAUUAAUUCCAGAGCAACAAUUCCUCGCUAGAAAUAAGGGUCCCGUACAAGUUAAUAUUGCUGUGCCUAUGAUGACAGAAAAGGCUGAAUGGAAAUUGAAUGGACAGACAUUGAAUAUUACUUUACAAAUAAGUGAUACUGUAGCGACUAUGAAAGCGCUUAUUCAUGAGCAAAUUGGUAUGCCGCCUGGCAAACAAAAGUUGCAAUAUGAGGGAAUGUUUUUUAAAGAUAACAAUACUCUUGCAUAUUAUAAUUUAACUUCAGGCAAUAUUAUCAAUUUGUUACCAAAGGAAAGAGGUGGCAGAAAAAAAUAAAUAAAAAAUAUGAACACAAGGUAAAAAUUUAUAAUCGUUAUAAUUAUGGUAUACUAAUUUUAUUGCUGUAACUAUUUUAAGACAAAGUAGGUAUAUAUGAUCAAAAUAUAUAUCAUAUUUAUUCAAAAUUCUUAUGUAACAGUUUUAAUAUUUAUGAUAUAAUUUUAAUAAAUAUUAAAUAUAAUCUUUUUUAUUAUAAAUCAAGCUCUUCAAUAAGAUUUACUUACAAUUUGAUUGAUAUAAAUAUAGUAUUAGCUAUAACAAAUUA